GUUAGCUCUACAGGUAUUUCUUUUAUAUGUCGAGCAAGUCCCUUUGUAUCGUUUCCACCGCUUGCGGGCUUUCACCAGCUUUGAAAAUAAUUUCAAAGUACCCUUUGUCUCAUGCAAUACAUUUAGCCUCUUCAAACAGCACUGUACUUUUUCGAGGCACCAAAUACCCUGAAUACCUGUAUAAAUUUUGGAACUUAAGUACGCUUUCCAUCAUGGCCGCUCCAGAAGAUCCGAUCAAAAAUGAUGCCGGGUUUGCAGAGUGGAGGAAAACUGAACAAAAUUGGAAUCCUCGUUUGGGAGACAAUUGGAGAUUUAAAGAGCGGAUUGCCACUACUGAUACUGCGCUUAUUGCCCAUUUUGUUUACGAUGAGGAGCAAGCUAAAAAAGAUAAGAAGAUUUGGUAUGAACAGAAAGAGGUGAAAAUUAAGAAAGCAAAGGAAGAGAGGGAAGAGAAGGAAAAGAAGAAAGCCGAAAAAGCGGCAAAGAAGGAGGGAAAGAAGGGGGAAAAGAAGGGGAAAAGAAGGGGGAAAGAAGGGGAAAGAAGGAGGAGGAGGAGGAGGAGGAGGAGGAGGAGGAGAAGGAGGAGGAAGAGUAUUAUGGCGCUCCUCACACUGAAAAUGUGGUCCUCAAAAUCAAAUAUCUACGAGCAGAUGACAGACCAAAUCGACCCAAUGGCUAUCCACAGAACUACGACGGAGACAAGCAUGAAUGGCAAUUCCUAUACACGCUCUCUGGAUGCUAUCCUAGCGAAAAUUAUCCCGAAAAGACCAGAAUACCUCACCGCCCCCAAAAUAUUGUGAGGCACUUUCGUUCUCAAUGGCUCAAACCACCAGACGCACCAGGACAGUAUGAAAUAGCAUUUUUGGAAUACUGUCCAGGAGUUGAGUGGAAGGGAAAAAAUCAUUAUAAUUUAGAAGUUUUUGAUAGGGAUAAUAGUGGCUUUAUUCAUGAGCUUGAUAUAUGGCUCAUUUUCAGACAGUUUACAAGGAUGAUAUUAAUGUUAGACUGUGGUACUGAGAUCUGGACAGAAGAAUCGGAAACGACUGAUAGGUUGGCAGAGUGGGAAAACACGGAGAUCUGUCAUUAUAAUAUAGAGCCGAGGAAUAGUAAGUCUUUCCGUUGGAACUUGGGGAGUGAUCUCUGACGUGAUGUAGUUUUGAUUGGAUAUAAAAAUAAGGAAACAGAUCGUAUACCUAUGCUUAAGGUAUGUAUACCGUGUUAGCAUCCAAAGAUCAAGGAAUAACAAACUUCACAGCUUUGUGAUUUUGGCGACGCACUUCACGUUCCUCAUUUUCGUGCCCAAGAAGAAAUUGGGCGUUACAGGUUCUCAAAUGUACCAAAUGGCCGGAUUGGCUACCGGGCCCCCGUGAGUUAACAGCCUCCCGUUUGUAUUUGUGCAGCACACUUACAAUCUCACUAAGGAAACAGCCAUUGCUACAACCGAGCAUGUAUAUCCAUUCCGCCAUGGAACAUGUAGCAAUAUAUUCCAAUUCGCGAAUAUCAUCCGUCUUCUCAUGCACGGAAACCAAUCAUCUGAGUUGGAUUUGCAUCCGGAAAAGGACAAAUGGGUUGUCAAAAUUUAGGGACUAUUCGAAAGACAGCCCGGCGACAUAUGGUCGCUCUCUUGUAUAUGGCGAUCACGAAAUACCAGGUGUUACAUAUAGCAAUUAUUUAAUCGAUCUCGUCAUGAAAUGCAUGUACGAAAAGCCCAGCCUGCGACCUACUGCGAAAACUCUCUGGUACUUGGUCCGAGAUGGCUACAAGGCUUGCCACAAAGAACUCGAGUCCGAGAGACCUAAUGUACCCGAAGAAUCAGACGAAUCUAUCGAAGACGACACCGAGGAAGAAAAUGCCAAGAAAUCCCGUAAAAAGAAAACAGAAGAGCCAUACCCACCCCUCCACCCCAUAUUCCAACAAGCCCAACUAGCCCCAGAAGGCUUCCGCGAACCAAUGCCCGAAUGGAUGGACGACUUCAGCCAAAGAUUCGACAAUUUCACCUUCCCUCGCACCCCGCGAUGUCCCACCCCAGAAUACAAAGGCAAAGCACACCUACAACCGGACCUGUACCUCGGCGACGACCUCCCCUUCGACGACCGCACAACAUACCCCGCCUCACGCCCACAAGUCCCUCCGCGCUAUCCCGACGGUUUCCCCAUCGUAGACGAACGUCCCAGCAUCAAUAUCCCAGAACAAUACGGUGAUCACCCGGGUAGUAUCACGAGGAAUUGCGAUCUCCUCCGCUAUUAUGAUCGUUUGGGUCAUAUGUGGAUGGGCGAGGAGAAGUACUGGAAAAUGUUAGAGGCGGGUCUGGAUCCCCAGACUUAUAGCUGGGGAAUGAGGAUUCCGGAUCCCGAGAUGGAUGUUGAUGUUGGGCCUAUGAGUGGGUCGGAGGCAGACGGGGACGGGGAGGAAGACGGGGAUGAAGAUGAGAGUGAGGCUGUGCAUCAAAGUCCUAAGGCUACGUUUAGAUUUGUUGAGGAUGCGGGAUGUCCUGGUGGGGUGUAAAGUUGAGGUGAGGAGUACUCUGUAUGAUGAUGAUGAUGAUGAUGAUUGGGUUAGCUUGGGAUCAUAUUCUAGUUGCGUAUGUUUUAAACAGUUGCUGAUUUGUUGCAGUACAUACCUAGUACCG